CCGGCCGAGUGAGGGCGGAAGUCAGGCAGGUCGGCGUGGGCGGCGGAGCCGGAGCGGUGAUGGAGGCUCAGCGGCAGAACGCGGCCGGGGGCGAGCCCCAGGCCGAAAGGCAGGGGCAGGGGCGGGGGCUGCCGGAGGAGGAGGAGGAUGACGCCAUGGACGCCUUCCUGGAUAAGUUCCGCAGCCAACCGUACCGGGGCCGUCUGCACGAGGACACGUGGGAGCAGGAGUUGGAUAAGAUCCCAAUGUUCAUGAAGAAAGCUCCAUCCGAAAUCAACCCCCAAGAGAAUCCCGAGUUGGCUUGUCUGCAGUCCCUUAUCUUUGAUGACGAGAGACCUCUCGAAGAGCAAGCCAAGACCUACAAGGAUGAGGGCAACGAUUACUUCAAAGACAAAGACUACCAGAGAGCGGUGGCUUCCUACACUGAGGGGCUGAAGAAGAAGUGCUCAGAUCCCAAUCUCAACGUUGUGCUGCUGACCAACCGCGCGGCGGCUCAGUUUCACCUAGGCAACCUGCGCUCUGCGCUGAAUGACGUCCUGGCGGCCAGGAAGCUCAAGCCAAGCCACCUCAAGGCCAUCAUCAGAGGUGCCAUGUGUCAUCUAGAACUGAAGAACUUCUCAGAGGCCAUGAGCUGGUGUGACGAGGGCCUGAGGCUGGACUCCAAGGAGAAGAAGCUGCUGGACAUGAAAACCAAGGCCGACAAGCUGAAGCGGGCUGAGCAGCGCGACAUCAGGAAGGCAAAGCUGAAAGAGAGGAAGGAGGCCGCUCAGCAGGGGAUGUUGCUCCGUGCUGCCCAGGCAAGAAAGAUCCGGUUGGCGUCCACGGCCUCCGAUGAGGAGGAGGAGUCAGUGCCCUCCUAUGUUGGCCUGGUCUCCCAGGAUGCUGUGGGGGCCAGAGUGUCUCUGGAUGACAGCGGCCGACUCAGCUGGCCCACGCUGCUCCUGUACCCCGAAUAUGGCCAGACCGACUUUAUCUCUGCUUUUCACGAGGACUCCAGGUUCAUCGACCACUUCAUGGUUAUGUUUAAGGAGCGGCCGGUGUGGGACCUGGAACGGAAGUACCGCCCGAACAACCUGGAGCUCUACUUUGAAAACGAGGACGGGGACGAGAUGUACCAGGUGAGCCCGGAGCACACCCUGCUGGAGACACUGCAGCACCCCAGGUACUUGGUCAGAGCUUGGACUCCCGUCUUUAUGGUCUUUGCAAAGCAGUCAUCUUUUUGCAAGAAAUUCAUGCAGGGCAGGAAGGUGCAUUGGCUGAGGUGAUGGGAGCCCCCUGUCCCCCAGGGGGUCAGGCCCUGCCCCUCCCACAUCUGUCCAGAGCCCAGGCUCCCCUCGGUCCUGGCCACACCUCCAGCUGAUGAGAGCUGGCAGAGGAGAUGCGGUCGCUCUCAAAGCCUUUGGCCCCGGCGUCCAGGUUCCUCCUCCCCUUGUUGACGAGGCUCUUGGCAGACCACCACUUUAAUACAGUAUGAUUAUUAUUUUUAAAAGUUUAUUACCAACUUAAUAACCAUCUCCAUGAAAACAAAACAGAAUAAAGUCAUACUUGAAGCCAUAAA